AUGCCAAUUGAGAGGGAAACCAUCCGACCACCAUCACACCCACUCUCCCUGGCCCUCUGGAAUUUCUCCUCGCAAUGGUUUCUAAUUCCGCAAGGAACGGGAAUAAUACCCGUCCUCUUCCACCGACUAGACUACCAAUUUACAGGCCUGAUGAUCCUCGCCAAGAUAGUCUGGGUCUACACAAUCACCCUCCUAGGCAUAUGUCUAAUUCUGUAUCUCCUCCGCACAAUCCUCUACCCCAAACAUGUCAUACACCAACUCAGAACCAACCUAACCGAAACCGCAUGUCUCUCAUGCAUCUCAAUCGCCUUCACUUCAAUCCUCCAACUCGCAGUACUCGAAUACGGCGAGAAAGCAGGCCUGGAAAUCUACAUCCUGUGGUGGAUCAACACCGCAAUGGCAAUAAUAGCCUGCGCAGCCCUACCCUUCAUCCACCUCACCCUCCAAUCCCCAGAAAUAAACAGCAUCCCAACCUCCAUCCUCCUCCCCUUCAUCGCAACCUUAGCAUCAGCUGCCUGCAGCGGCGUCGUCUGCCGCUUCAGCCAUGUCACUCCCGAACUCCAAGCCCCCGCCAUAAUAGUGGCCUACCUCCAAGUCGGAGCCGGCCUCACACUAGCAACCGUCUUUGACGUAAUUCUCAUCCUCCAAUAUCUCAACUGCACCCACCCCACCCCGGAAACGGUAUGCCAAGAUAUGAUCCUCUGCGGGCCCUUCGGCCAAGGCUCAUUCGCCCUGCAGGUCCUGGGCCAGGCCGUGAAUACCGCCAGCGUCGCAGCCUAUGACCGAGAGAAAUUCUUGACCGUGCACGCCGCCGGCACGAUUGGGUUUAUUAGUCUGUUCUUGGGCCUACUCGUCUGGGGUAUGGGGUGUUUUGGUGGUGUUUUGCCAUCAUGCGUAUCGUGCAUACGCUGA